ACUUAUUCUUACUUUCUAGUCAGCUGGUUUCACGAAUGGCCGAAGUAGCGCGCUGAUCAGUCAAACUCGAUGCGUGAUUUAGACGGCCUGCGAUGGCCGCUGUUAGCGACGUGAAAUCGUUACAAUCGCCUUUCAUUGCGGAUUAUAAAUCAGUCAACGUAUGUGAACAACUCGCUCUUUCAUCGUCCGUCGGAAACUGGGACGACAAUUCCGCGGGAUAAAUAACUUUUGGAUCGAAAAUUUGAGGUUUAAUCGUCGUGCCAUAUAACGAUCCAAAGAAAAAAUGUCAGAGGGAAGAAAAAGGAACGUGAGAGACGAUUCCAGGGGUAAUAUUCUAAAGGACCAUUCAUGGAGUAACGGACCUGAUAGCGAAGAUGAUCAAGCUGGCGAAAAUAAAUUACUCAAUGAAAACACCGUCAGUCCAAGUCAUCAUCAUUCACCUACAACAGAUCCGUUUACCUGUAAGACGACAAUGUUUACUGAGGAAAAGAUGCGUCGAAAAUUGAAAUUCUUCUUUAUGAAUCCUAUUGAAAAAUGGCAAGCAAAGCGUCGUUUCCCAUAUAAAUUUAUUGUGCAAGUUAUUAAAAUUCUGCUGGUCACAAUACAAUUAUGUCUAUUUGCACAUAACAACUACAUACAUGUAAAUUAUACUUGGGAUAAUCGAGUAGCUUUCUCACACCUAUUUCUCAAAGGAUGGGAUACUUCUUUAGAGGUACCAGUUUAUCCACCAGUGACAGGUCCUUUAGCAAUUUAUAAACGAGAUGACUUCUAUAGUACAAUUGAUUACGCUUUAGAUGGCUACUAUAAUCUUAGUAAUGCAAUUGGAUCUUAUUCAUAUACCGAAGAAGAUAAUUCGUUUAGUCCAGUUACUCUAUGCUUAUAUCAAUACAAAGAAGGUAUUAUAUUUGGUUUUAAUGAAAGUUAUGUUUUUGAUAAAGAAAUUAUAGAAACUUGCAUAAAUAUAACCCAUCAGGUGCAUAAUGAAUUUAAUAUGUCAAAGCUCUUACUUGCUAAACAAAACAUUAAUGUUAAUUUUUCAGCCCUUGUUAGGGCUCAUUUAAAGUUUGCUUUAAAAACAGUUAAUUUGAAGGCUGCUGGUCCUAUGACACCACCUGAUUGUUAUCAAUUUAAUAUUAAAAUUGAUUUUGAUAAUCGUGAUUUCGAUGGACAAAUGCUACUUUCAUUAGAUGCUGAACCAAAGCGAUUACAAUGUAAAGGUGAUACGCGUUACAUAACGGAUAAUCGUAUUGAAUCAGCGCUAAGGACAUUAUUAAAUUUACUUGUAAUUUUAAUUUGUACUGUAUCUCUUGUAUUAUGCUCAAGAGCUAUAUACAGAGCACAAUUGUUAAAAUUUGAAACUAUGAAUUUCUUCAAAAAAGCAUAUGGCAAAUCUUUGAGCCUUGAUGGAAGAUUAGAAUUUUUAAAUUUGUGGUAUGUCAUGAUCAUCGUGAAUGAUCUUUUAAUUAUUAUGGGUUCAGCUAUAAAAGAGCAAAUCGAACGAAAACAGUUCGGCAGUGAUCAUUGGAAUGUAUGCAGCAUAUUUCUUGGUACAGGAAAUUUACUUGUUUGGUUCGGUGUAUUAAGAUACCUCGGUUUCUUUAAAACAUAUAACGUUGUUAUUUUAACAUUGAAAAAAGCUGCUCCUAAGGUAGCACGAUUUUUAAUAUGCGCGAUCCUUAUUUAUGCUGGUUUCACUUUUUGUGGCUGGUUAAUUUUAGGUCCGUACCAUUUGAAAUUCAGAUCACUUGCUACAACUUCCGAAUGUCUUUUCGCUCUCAUUAACGGAGAUGAUAUGUUUGCCACGUUUUCUGCCACUUCAUUUACCAAAUCUCCGAUUUUAUGGUGGUAUUCUAGAAUGUAUCUAUAUACGUUCAUUUCGUUGUAUAUAUAUGUGGUUUUAAGUUUAUUUAUUUCUGUGAUAAUGGAUGCUUAUGACACGAUUAAAAUUUAUUAUCGCGAUGGCUUUCCGAAAAAUGAUUUACAAACUUUUAUUGCGGCGUGUACAGAUGAAGCAUCUAGUGGCCUUUAUAGAGAUGAUUCUGAAAGUAGUGAUUUAUCGGAGCUUUUAGAUCGCUUUUGUUGUUGUCGGAAAAGACCCUUUUACGGGUCAUUCUCAGGAUCAAGUACGGAAUUCUCAACAAAAUCGGAACAAACGUGUGGAGGAGCAAUCUGUAUAUAGUGCAUUAAAGCAUAAUAAUGUCUUAGAUAAAUAUUAUGGCUCCAUGGCAGAUACUCGGUACUAUAAUGACAAUUUCAUCAUAUAAAGUAAUUUUUGUAAAAUUACCGUGUCGUAUUCUUUUUUGUUUUUUUGGACUCCGUAAUAAAGUGCUACUAGUUUUAUACUUUAGAAAGAUAUAAAUGGUAAUAUUGAUCAUUAAUACUAGAUAUUAAUAAUGAGAAAUGAAUAAUUCAUCUUAUCCCCAUUUUUAUUUAUUUAAGAUAUUUUAUUAAAUGCAUCUCAGUAUUUAGAAAUGAGAUGUUGUUAAUAGUAACAACAAUGAUCUUUAUCAUUUAUGUAUACAAAGUAUUAAUGGACCAUAAAUAAUUGUAAAAUAUUGUUUUUAUUGAGAGCUUUUUGUAGUACAUAUAAAUGUAAUCCACCUCUUAUUAAAGAGCAUUUAAAUAUACAAACAAAACUGUAAUAUGCUGAAGUCAGUUAAGUAAGUAAUGCACAAUUUUAUGUAUAUGUGAAUUUAUAAUUAUUGUUUUCUAAAACAGACAGUUGAAUGAAAUUAAUUCAGAAUAUAAGUAAUUAUAAAUAAGAACAUGUUAUCUCUGUUAAUAAUGUGAUAGAUUAUAGAAUUGUGAUAAAAACAGAAUAACUAGCAUAUUGUUAAGUAUUGAUAUGAUGAGCCAUUAAAUUUGUAAUUUACACAUGUACAUUACAUGUACUUACACAAUUUUAAGUGUUGUAUCAUUUUAUACAACAUGUAUUGUACAUGAUAUCUUGGUAUCUUUAUAUGAUCUACAUUGUAAAUUUUACAAAAUGAAAUGUGUUUUUCUUAAGAUGAAUGUAUAAUAAAUGCAUAAUGAAUGCAUAAUGAUAUAUUCAAUAUAUAAAUAUAUUUAUAAUAUACUACAAAAUACAAU